AUGGAGGCUGGCCGCCUGCUGAUCCGUAAAUUAAUUGCAGAGAAGUUGUGCAUUCCUUGGAAUGAAAUACACUUGCAAAGGACAUCAAAAGGAAAACCUUUCCUGGCAAAUAACGUGCUCAGUAUGUAUUCGAAUUACAACUUCAACGUCUCUCAUCAAGGAGAUUAUGCAGUUCUUGCGGCUGAGCCUGAGCUUCAAGUUGGCAUCGAUAUUAUGAAGACUAGUUUACCAGGUAGUAGCUCAAUUCCAAAUUUCUUUCGCAUCAUGAAGCGGCAGUUUACUGAGACAGAGUGGGGUGUAAUCAAGUCUAUGAGUAAUGAAUGGAUGCAGCUGGAUAUGUUUCAUAGGCACUGGGCCUUAAAGGAAAGCUUCUUAAAGGCUAUCGGAGUUGGAAUUGGCUUUAACUUGCAAAGAAUUGAAUUUAAUGUGUCUCCAUUGCAACUGGAAAUAGGGAAGGUUUAUAAGGAGACAAAAAUGCUUCUUGAUGGAGAGAAAGAAGAAGAGUGGACAUUUGAGGAAACCCGGUUAGAUGACCAUCAUCAUGUCGCAGUGGCUCUCGGGAAACAGAAGGGAUUUGGACAAAAGCAUUCUGAUGUAUGUGCUAUGGAGCCUAACCAACCACAGUUUACAUUAUUGACUUUUGAAGAUUUAGUUGCAUCUGGUAUUCCAGUCACACCUGAGGAUUCUGCAUAUUGGGAUAAUUUUUGUUCUAAGCAGGAGAAUCCAGUGAAACAGAGUUCAUAUUCAAGAUGA